AUUGUCCCAUUUCUCAUCAAGGAUUUCCUUUGAUCACAGGUAAAGUUGGCCAGGUCUCUGGUCCUGCUUACACCGGGGAAAUGGGCGGCGCCAACGCACACUGUGCCAGCCACACACUUCUCCGCACGGCCAAGCCCGCUCUGGUAUAAAUUCAGCUCUUGAAAAGCCGGCCAGACUGUUUCCAAACAAUCAUUCGCAAUGGCUCGUACCAAGCAGACUGCCCGCAAGUCUACCGGAGGCAAGGCCCCCCGCAAGCAGCUGGCCACCAAGGCAGCACGUAAGUCUGCCCCUGCUACCGGAGGUGUCAAGAAGCCCCAUCGUUACAGGCCUGGUACUGUUGCCCUUCGUGAGAUCCGUCGUUACCAGAAGAGCACUGAGCUCCUCAUCCGCAAGCUGCCCUUCCAGCGCCUCGUCCGUGAGAUUGCCCAGGACUUCAAGACUGACCUCCGCUUCCAGUCCUCUGCUGUCAUGGCUCUGCAGGAAGCCUCCGAGGCUUACCUGGUCGGCCUCUUCGAGGACACCAACCUGUGCGCCAUCCACGCCAAGCGUGUAACCAUUAUGCCCAAGGAUAUCCAACUUGCUCGCCGUAUCCGCGGAGAGCGCGCCUAAGAUUUUGGUUGCUAGCUUGCUUGCAUACAUCAAAAUCAUCCUCCUCGGCCCUUUUCAGGGCCUAAACUAAUCAAUAUUGAGAUGAAAACAUGACAUGCUUCCUUUUUUUCUUGUUUGCUUUAGUUUUAGAUGUCAAAUGUAACCAGCAAUGACGAUUAGAAUCAAUGACAUUGCAUAGAUAGAUAGAUAGGUAUGCAACUAGUAAGGUAAGGCACGAAGCCAUGCAUGACUGACUUUCAACAUGUUGUCAACGCACUUGAUUUCCUUAUCGUAUACGUUUCGGUAUGAGUACUAUGCCAAAUAUUAAAUACUACAACAAUA